UUUGUUUUCUUUUCACAGGAGCUGCCGGAGAGAAAUCCCGAGCCACCUGUGACAUCAAGAUCAAGACCAAGACGCUUCAACAACAACAACAAGGCGGCGUGAUGGGCAGCAGCGGCGCGGCGGUACUGGUGGUGGUGCCCUGGUUUUCAACGGCUGAGUGGAUAGAGACAUACGAGGCAGCGUUUUCCAGUGAUGUUAGCCGCUGGAAGGAUGCCAAGGACACUAUGCUGGUGUGGCAGGCCAGGGUUGAGAAGUUGCCGGCAGGAAUUGACGUGACGCUUCCCCUUCUUCAGGCAAAAAUAAUUGAGAUGGAUCCCUCUGUUGAGGCUGCAGUUAAAUCCAUCUUCUUAGCUUCAGCGCUGCAAAGGUUUGUGACGGCAAUCGUGAAGCUUCCUCAGACGAAGUACUACAGAGCCAAGUCCAUACACCACCUGGCCCUGGAGAUUGGCCUUCCUAUGCACCUGGUUGACCUGCGUAAUGAGAUCGUGCACGGCCAUGGGGGCUGGGGAGGCGGGGAGUCGGUACACAAGGGCUUGGAGGUGUCUUACAAGUGGAUUAAGUGGUUUUAUUGGGAUGCCGAGUUCCAGAAGAUGCAGAAUCGCAACUCGGUGUUCACGAUAAACCCUGAACGGUGGCAGAACUUCCUUUGCCUCUUGAGGAAGUUCGCAGUGCUCGCCAUGUCAUCGGCAAAGAAAAAGAUUCCAGCCUUCAUUAAAGUUAAGGAGAGUCUGAUUGAGAACCUGGAAGCCAUGUACUCCCUGGAGCCUGAGGAGUGUGCCAAGGCAGUGGUUGAACAUGUGUUGCUGCCUGAUUCUUCUGACUUGACGAGCCAGCUUGUGAAUGGUGAAGUUUGCCAGUGUGGUUGCUGCAUCAGUGCCCGUGGCCUGGCAAGAAUGGCGCCCCUGCUUGCCUGUUUCUUUACGUUUGAGAAAGGAGUUGAGCUUCUGCUGUCAAGUCUCAUCAAAAAAUGGCAGGAACAUACAAAACUCUCAUCAGAAUGGAUUUGCAUAAUAUCUGGAACAUUGCUGGAUAUAAGGUGCUUCUGUAGCCAAGAGCAGCACUGUGCAGACCACUCAGUGAUGCUGGAGGACCCGGCGGCAAGUGUCAACUGGAGGAGGGUCGUGACGGAGCUUCUUGAGACACAGGCACAGUGGGCCUCGGACAUUGCCAGCUGGAUUAUGUGCAGUCCAAAAGCAGGAUUGACAGAUAGGCAGAAGAAGAGAAUCACGAGUCUCAUUUGCCUUUUCCAUGAGAGGUCCGAAGCUUGCCGUGCAGAGGAGAGCAAGACUUGUGACCAGAUAGAUUACUACACGGUGGAUGACAUUCUGACGGCAGCCAAAGACUUUCCGUUGAGAUUCAGAAAAAAGCUUGAGAAAUUAAGGGUCUCAUCUGUUGGUCCAAUCUCAGAUUCCAUGAGUGUCGAUUCUACGGUGGGUGUUAUGGCUCACCAAAGUGACAACUCGCUCUUCUACAAGGAAAUGAUUCUCCGCUACCCUGACUCAAGUGACGUCACUCCUCCUCCUUCCAAGAGAUGCAAACUGUAAACCAAGUCUGUGCUGGCAGGGUAGGCGGUGGCUGAGUGGUAGCGUGCUGGGCCCACAUUCACCAUGUGAUGGACGACAUGGGUUUGAAUCCCCACGCUACCACCUGGGAUUUUUCAGUCACCGCCGAGUGGCUUAAAACUACCCACAUGCUGUCCUGAAGACCACCCAUCAACCCGGACUCUAGAGGAAACCGUUCAAGUGAAUCAAGAAGGAGUUCCGGGGGGCAGCAUGAGCCAAGAGAAGAUGGCGCCACUAUAAACACUUGCCUGCGCCAUGACGGGCUGGGGCCGAACACCAUCCAGGCCCCUCAAGCAAGCCUACUGGCGCUAUGGGCGUACAUGUAAAAAAAAAAAAAAAAUUGUUUUGUUCAUUACUCAUAAUUAUAUUUUUCAUCAUUUAGUUUUUUUCAUUAGAUUCUCUUAUGAGUUAAAAACUACAAGUAAACUUCUAAGAAUUGUACUAAAGUG